AUGAUUAACUCAGCUCUUUUCUUCGUCACGGCUGCCUUCCUUGCGGGAAGAGUCCUCGGUCAAGAAGACCGCGAAGAUACUUGUGGUCCGUUUCAAUUGACGACGACUUCAGGCACACUAUACUCUGGCGAGAACGGCAUUCAGGUGCCAGAGCUGACCACGGUCGGAUGGGAGACUGGCGAGUAUCUCAUCACCGAUAAUGGGACACUCACAAACUCAAGUGGCUACCUGUGUGAAUUUCGAGACGGCGCUUUCGUGAUCGGCGAGUACGGGCGACUUUCCUAUGCCAACAACGACACUUUCAACGCGUGCAGCCCCAUCAUCAACAAUAUUACUGUUAUAGCCCUCAUGCGCAUCUACCCUGCCGGCAUCGUUCCUAAUUGGGAAUCGCUUAAUGUGUCAUGCUCCAGUCUCGCAAUGCAAGCCUCGCGUUGUCAUCCUGGCGAGAAUGACAACACAACUGGAGGGACGAAUGAUACCAACAGCACCGACGAUGCUGCGAACACUACUAGUAGUGGUGCAGCGGGGCAAAUGAGUCUGGGUACUUUAUUGUUCGUCUUUCUUUCGGGUCUUGGCCUCGCUGUCUUGCUGUGA